AAAAAAAAUGGAAUUAUUUCGUACAGAUAAUUAUUACAUAUUUAUUAGUGGUGAAUAUAGUUUAUGGUUUGAUCGACUUACAGGCGAAUUAACACCAAAAACAGGAUGGGAUUUAGUCUCAGCCGAAGAUCCAACAUGUCUAGGAGUAUGUCAUGGAAUUGUGGGUAAAAUCGAAUCCCCAAAUGUAUUCGAUACACGUUUAAUUAUAAUUAAAGAAUGUUCUCCAGUGGGUCAUCUACAUGGCAAUCACGUUGUAUACAAGAUCAAAUCCAUUGCAUUUCUACAAUUAGGCAACGAAAACAUUGAUCUACAUUUACAAAAAUGUCAUAAACACAAAACAGAUGGAAACACUAUUCAAUCAUUCUCAGCAUCAACACAAUCUGUACGAACAUCGAAUCAACCCACAAGUUUAUUUGAAUUACCAAAAAAUAGUACAGCGUUUACGAAAACAUGGGGUGCGCUGAAGUCAGCUGGGAAUACAGUGAAAAAUACAACUCAGCAAGCUGCAGCGAUUGCCACGUCCCAAGUGAAACAAACUGUUAAGCGAAAAGAUAAUGUGAAAGAUCGGGCUCGAUUUGAAAAACGAAUUAUCGAUGAGUUACAUAAAAUUUUCACAGAUACGGAUUCUUUUUACUUUUCCCGUACGGGUGAUAUUACAAAUUCGUUGGAGCGUCAAUGCCAAUUACAAAAAGAGGAUAAAAUUGAUCCAAAGGCAUUGUGGAAAACUGUGGAUGAUCGAUUUUUUUGGAACAAACAUAUGUUACAUGAUUUAAUAUCAUUUAAUAAUUCGUUAGCCGAUCCAUGGAUUUUACCAAUAAUCCAAGGUUUUGUACAAAUUGAACAUUGUAAAGUUGAAGUAGGAUUUGAUAAUUUAGGCAAUGAAAUUUAUGAACCUCGUUAUGAGACAUUUACAUUAAGUUUAAUAUCACGUCGAAGUCGAUAUCGUGCUGGUACGCGAUACAAACGACGUGGCGUCGAUGAUGAUGGUUAUUGUGCAAAUUACGUAGAAACUGAACAAAUGGUAUCGUAUCACCAUCAUCAAGUAUCAUUUGUACAAGUACGUGGUUCGGUGCCAAUAUAUUGGUCACAGCCUGGUUAUAAAUACCGGCCACCACCACGAUUGGAUCGAAGUGAAGAAGAAACACAAAUCGCAUUUGAUAAACAUUUCAAUAAUGAAUUACAAAUGUAUGGACCGAUAUGUAUUGUAAAUUUAGUCGAACAAAGUGGUAAAGAAAAAGUGAUAUUUGAUGCAUAUUCAAAUCAUGUUUUUAAAUAUAACCAUAAAGAUGUUACUUACGUCACAUUUGAUUUUCAUGAAUAUUGCCGUGGUAUGCAUUUUGAAAAUGUUUCAAUUUUAAUAAAUGCAAUUGCAGAUGUUAUACGUGAUAUGAAUUAUUGUUGGAAGGAUAAAGAGGGACAAAUUUGUUCACAAACUGGGGUGUUUCGAAUUAAUUGUAUGGACUGUUUGGAUCGAACGAAUGUUGUACAGACCGCAUUAGGUAAAGCUGUAAUGGAAAUACAAUUUACAAAGUUAGGUUUAAUUCCACCCGAAGGAAUAAUGCCAGCAUCUAUACGUAAUACUUUUCAAUUGUUAUGGGCCAAUAAUGGUGAUAUUAUUAGUAAACAGUAUGCUGGUACAAAUGCGCUUAAAGGUGAUUACACGCGUACUGGUGAACGUAAAUUUACUGGUAUCAUGAAAGAUGGUGUAAAUUCAGCAAAUCGGUAUUAUUUGAGUCGAUUUAAGGACUCAUAUCGACAAGGAACAAUCGACAUAAUGCUUGGACAUGCCGUAUCGGAGGAUAUUUUUUCGGAUCGUAAUGUUUUCGAAGAAGAUAGUGCAAUUACAGCUGAACACGUUAAAUUAUUAAUCGAGGAUAGUAAAAAAUUAUUAAUCAGUGAUCCUGAAUUUGUGCUAGGAUCUUGGGGCUUAAUUGAUGCUGAUCCCAGUUCUGGUGAUCCUAUGGAAACCGAAAUGGAUGCAAUAUUAAUUUUAACAAAAGAUUCAUACUACGUUGCUGAUUACGAUGAGCAAAUCGAUAAAGUUACAAAAUAUCAGCGAGUUUUAUUGGAGGAUAUUACGUUGCUAGAAUUUGGUUUAGCUGACAUAACAACUCCGGCUGCCGCGAUUUCAUCAUUAUUUAAAAAUUCAUCUUCUGCCCGCUCCCAACAUCAUUGUAUUCGUAUUAAUUAUAAAGUGGCAAAUGUCGAUGGCUAUUAUCAUAUGUUCCGUGCUACAAAUUUACGAUUCUUUAAUAAUAUGGCUGUUGUUAUUAAGAACGAGGAAGAAAUUAUAGAAUCACUAAAAGCAAUUUGCGAAGCAUUUUUGGUUGCUCUCGAUAUAUGUGGUUUACCAUCCGUUCCGUAUUAUCAAGGGCAGAAAUUAGAUCGUCGUAAAUCAAAAGUAAUUGGUGGUUCGAACACUUAUUUAGAUGUUACAGCAACGUUACCACAUUUAACACGUAAUGUAAGCGAAACACAAUUACUUGCAUUAAAAACUGUCGGUACGAAAGCAUUAUCAAAUGUCAGCGAACAAUUCUCUAAAUUAAAUCGAUUUGGCCAAAAUUUCAAUACGAAGAAAACUGUAAAAAGUGCUCAAGCGAAAUUUACUGUCGGUAAAUCUUCCACACUAUCUUCGUCAAGUAACAGUGAUUCCGAAGAAGAUUGUGAUAUAUCUAUAUUUCAACCGCAAGAACCAGUUACACCCUCGGGAACACCCUUGGGAACUCCCAUGGGAAACAAUGAAAUUGAAGAUAACCCAUCAGGCGAACCCAAAUCAAUGUCCAUAGAUUUGGAUCACUUGGAAGAAAAUGAAGAUAUACACCAACCACUUCCCGAUACAUUUCUACCAAGCGUUGGGAUUGUAAUGCGAUCUCAUGUUGAUGGAGCACCUGGAGGUAAUUCUGGAAGUGGACGUGACCCCGUUACACUGAAAUCCAAAGAAAAUAUGAUGACAAAUGACAAUUUAUCGAAUGUGGACAUGUUAUCCAGUGUUAUUCAAAAUGUUUCAUUACAAACGACCUCACACGAACAAACUUCAUUCGAACAAAAUCGAUCCCCAACCCCAGAAAUUACAGUAACUCAAGACAAUAAACCUCCAAAGCCACCAAAUACUCUAAAAUUGGAUCGUAAAUUAAGCCAUUCGUCUGGAGAAGUCAAUGAUGCACCUCCUGAUGACAGUACAAUUGGAACUAGUACACUUGGUGGCGGCUCAAUGAACCAUGUUAGCGAACAAAUGAAUAUAAGUACGUCACAAAGUGAAUCAGCGCUGAAACAGCAUUUUAAAUCAGGCAUAACAAAUAUAACAAGUCCUGUGGCGAAUGUUACCAAAGAUUUAGUUCUAUCACCUUUCUCUAAAAUAGCAAAAGGAAUGCAACAUUUAGGUGCAAACUUGGAUCCACGUAAAAUCGCAAAAACUUCAAAUACAUCAAGUGGACCAUUGGUGCGGCAAAUUACUGAUAGGGAAUACGAAGAACAUCGGAAAUUACAAGAAAAAUGGCGAAAAUGUAAUACAAGAUUAAUUGCGCUAUAAUUUUAUACGAAUGGGUGAGAAAUAGUUUGUGAUUGUUUCCUCUCUCUAAACGUGUCUUUUUAAUUUUAUUUAUAUUUUAU